GUAGUAGCUUUAUUUCUGGUAUAUAUGAAGAUGAUGACAUAAUAGUAGAACCUGAAUAUCAUAAAUCUUUUAACCAUGAAAAUAAUCAAAUUGUUAAAUCAGAAUAUUCGAUUCAGUGGUAUAUCCUCCAAAAUUCCGAUAAAAUUGAUCCGUUUAAAAAAAUGGGUUGUUUGAAUAAAAUAGGUAUAGAAUUACGUCAUGAACUUUAA